AUGAAGUCUAGGAGACCCAGCUGCACCGACUCCGGAUCCGUGUCCUCGGAGGUAGACCCCCAGAGCCCGGAGAAGUACGAGACCUCCACGAAGCGACGGAUGGCUGCCAAUGCCAGAGAGAGGAAGAGGAUGGAGGGUUUGAACACAGCCUUCGACCGCUUGCGUAAAGUGGUCCCCCAGUGGGGCGAGGACAAGACGCUAUCCAAGUAUGAAACCCUGCAGAUGGCCCUCAGCUACAUCCUGGCCCUCAACCGGAUCCUGACAGACCCCAGGAGACACAACGCUCCUCAAAGGCAGUGGCGGGACCUGCAGUUGGACUGUGUGCAGCCUGAGAACUACGCCUGCCUCAGAAGGUACGACUCUCCCGCUGAGCAGGACUACAUCUCGUCCUUCUCCUAUCAGUUCGAUGGACAUCAGCUCCACGCAUAA